AUGUCCUCCAACUGGGAAACACUGAUAUUUCGGCCUUUGAUCUGUGCUAACAUGUUUCGUCCGAAGCCCACGUUGAGAGACCGACAGCACCUGUAUAGAUUGAUAAUAAGCCAGCUGCUCUACGAUGGCUACACUAACAUCGCCAACAGCCUCAUCACCGAAGUCAAGCCCCAAAGCGUGGUGUCUCCAUCCGAGCAGCUCAUGCAACUUGCCAAGAUGGGGCUGGAGAAUGAUGACAGUGCCGUUCAAUAUGCCAUCGGUCGAUCAGACACGGUGGCCCCCGGAGUCGGCAUUGAUCUGGAGUUCGAUGCAGACGUGCAGACCAUGUCUCCUGAGGCCUCAGAGUAUGAGACCUGUUAUGUUACGUCACACAAAGGGCCCUGUCGAGUGGCCACAUACAGCCGGGAUGGACAGCUGAUCGCCACAGGCUCUGCCGACGCGUCAAUCAAGAUAUUAGACACCGAACGCAUGUUGGCCAAAAGUGCCAUGCCCAUCGAGAUAAUGAUGAAUGAAACAGCCCAGCAGAACAUGGAGAAUCAUCCUGUGAUCCGGACGCUGUACGACCACGUGGAUGAAGUCACAUGUCUGGCCUUCCAUCCAUCAGAGCAGAUCCUCGCUUCUGGAUCAAGAGACUACACCUUGAAACUGUUUGACUAUUCGAAGCCCUCAGCGAAAAGAGCCUAUAAAUAUGUACAGGAAGCUGAAAUGCUCCGUGCCAUUUCCUUUCAUCCGUCUGGGGACUUCCUGCUGGUGGGAACGCAGCACCCCACUCUGCGUCUGUACGAUUCCAACACGUUCCAGUGCUUUGUGUCCUGUAACCCUCUGGACCAGCACACCGACACCAUCAGCGGCGUCAGCUACAACCCCUCCGCCAACACCUACGUAUCCUGCAGCAAAGACGGCAGCAUCAAACUCUGGGACGGCGUCUCCAACCGCUGCGUCACAACCUUCGACAAGGCCCACGAUGGAGCCGAGGUCUGCUCCGCCAUCUUCUCCAAGAACUCCAAGUACAUCCUGUCGAGCGGCAAGGACUCUGUGGUCAAGUUGUGGGAGAUCUCUACUGGUCGCACACUGGUCAAGUACACAGGUGCGGGGUUGAGCGGGCGUCAGAUGCACCGUACUCAAGGCGUGUUCAACCACACAGAAGACUACGUGCUGCUGCCCGACGAGCGAACCAUCAGCCUCUGCUGCUGGGACUCUCGCACCGCCGAGAGAAAGAACCUCCUGUCUCUGGGACACAACAACAUUGUGCGCUGCAUCGUGCACUCGCCCACAAACCCCGGCUUCAUGACCUGCAGCGACGACUUCAGAGCACGCUUCUGGUACCGCCGCACCACCACAGACUGA